AUGUCAGCCGACAAUGAUCGCGUGAGCGGGUUGCCGCUCGACAAGACAGACCACACCAUCGACAUUGAGCAGGAUGACAGGAAGAACGAAAUCGACGCCGAGGACCAGUUUCCCCCCGAGGGCUGGUUCGAACGUCUCAAGGCUGAGUAUACUGGUCAGCACGGGGGCGAGACGCUGCCGGCCGGCUGCGAUCCGGAUCGCAUGGUGGCCGCCAUUCUGACCCUCAACGAAGACGAGUCGGUCCAGGUUCUCGAGGAUCUCCUCGUCAGCCAGAGAGAGGACUACACCAUUGAUCGUCAGAUGAUGGCGCGUCUUCGCGAGCUCAUCCGCGGCAACAAGGCCUGCGACAUGGAGCAGGGCGAGUGGGCGUACGAGGUCUGCAAACGUGCCGGCCUGUGUCACAACUGGUCCCCUUACGCCGAGGUUCGCGCCGUCACGUUGCCCUACGAUGAUGCCGACGAGGCCUGUGAGAGCUUCCGCGCCUAUGUGCUGGGCUACUUUUGGGUUUGUGUCUGCACAGCGGUCAACACUUUCUUUGCUCCUCGUCAGCCGGGCAUAUCGAUCCCCGGCUCCGUCGUACAGCUCCUUCUGGUUCCAAUGGGUCGGGGGAUGGCCUGGCUGCUUCCAGACUGGGGCUUCAAGUUCCGCGGUACGCGCUACACGUUGAACCCCGGCCCUUGGACGAGCAAGGAGCAGCUGUUCGCGACCAUCAUCUUCACGGGUGCCUCAAGCAUCGGCAAUUUCACCGGUCUUCUCGUUCUUCGUAUGCCCGUCUUCUUCAACCAGCGUUGGGCCGGCUUCGGCUUCAACCUCAUGCUCGCGCUGGCGAACCAGGUAUACGGCCUGGGUAUGGCCGGUAUCCUUCGCCGCCUAGCUGUCUAUCCCAUCGAAGCCGUGUGGCCCAAGACGCUGCCGACGCUCGCUCUCAAUAGGACGCUCAUCAACCAAGACAAUAAGCGCGAAAAGGUCAACGGCUGGACCUUGUCACGCUACAGAAUGUUCGUCUGGUGUGGCAUCAUCUUCACCAUUUACUACUGGAUCCCCAACCAAUUCUUCGUCGGACUGCGUCUCUUCAACUGGAUGACGUGGAUCGCGCCGAACAACUUUAAUCUCGCCACCAUCACCGGGUCAUACGGCGGCAUGGGUUUCAACCCGAUCUCGAGCUGGGAUCCGAACGCGUCCGGCAUCGAUGCCAUGACGGCCCCCUUCUUUGCCCAGUUGCAACAGUAUGUGAUGCGUGUCAUCUCUGGCAUCAUUAUCCUCAUCAUGUACUACAAGAACGCCUUUUGGGCCGCCUUCAUGCCCAUCAACUCGAAUGCCGCCUUUGACAACACUGGCAGUGCCUACAACAUUUCCAUGGUCCUCGACGACAACCAGCGCCUCGACGUGGACAAGUACCAAGAGUACGGCCCACCGUACUAUGCCAUCGCCAACCUGUUCGUGACGGGCGCCAACUUCAUUUACUACACCUUUUCCAUUGUCUACGUCUUCACCAAGUACUGGCGCCCCAUCAAGAAGGCGUUCGUCGGCAUGGUCGUCAACACGGUGAAGCGCAGGAGCGUCUACACGGGCUUCACAGACGGCCACACGAGAAUGAUGCGCAAGUACAAAGAGGUGCCGGAAUGGUGGUACGGCUGCGUCUUUGCCUUUGGCUUCAUCGUCUCCAUCGUCAGCCUCACGGCCUGGCCGACGCAGACCCCGUGGUGGUCGAUCCUUGGCGUGACAGCCAUUGGUGCCCUGCUGACCAUCCCCUGGGUUGUCAUCGAGUCCAUCGCCAGCACCGGCAUCCAGCUCAACGUCAUUUGGCAAGUCUUGCCCGGCGUCUGGUUCCCCGGCCAGCCGCUGCCGCAGCUCAUCAUCCUCAUGCUAGGCGCCGCCUUUGAGCAGAUGGCAGGCAGCUUCAGCGGCGACCUCAAGUACGCGCAUUACGCCGGCAUACCCCCACGUGCGGUGUUUCGCGGCCACGUCUCGUCCGUCGUCGUCAACUGCUUCAUCUACUGCGCCAUCCUCGAGCUUCUCAUGCUCUACGCCAACGAGGACAGCAGCUUCUGCACCUGGGACAACAGGCAGUACAUGGUCUGCGCCUACGCCCACUCCAUCUGGUCCUCGACCAUCCUCUUCGGCGCCUUUGGCACCAACAACAUGUUCAAGCUCUACCCCGUCCUGCCGUGGUGCUUCCUCAUCGGCGCCCUCCUCGGCGUCGCCUGGAUCGUCAGCGAGAGAACCCUGCCACUCCUGCGCGCCCGCCUCCAGCGCCGCGUCGAGCCCGAGCCCUUUGCCCGCUUCGACCGCUACUUCUGGGCGCCCGCCUCCUCCGUCAUGGCCUGCCUCAACCCGGCCAUCGCCCUCUCGGGCGCCCUCAGCUGGGCCGGCAACAACAACCUCACGUACGCGACGCUCGGCAUCUACAUUGCCUGGUUCUUCCAGUUCUACCUCAAGCGACGCUACACGGCCUGGUGGGGCAAGUAUGCCUACCUCAUCUUCGCCGGUCUCAGCGUCGGUGUCGCCGUGUCGGGCCUCGUCGUCACGCUCGUCUUCUCCUUUGGGGCUGGCCAGGGGUAUCAAUUCGCCUGGUGGGGGAACGAGGUGCCGCGCGCCGGCGUCGACUUUCAACUCUACAACAAUAACGCCUCGCUGAAGGCGCUGCCUGAGGAGGGGUAUUUCGGGUUGCGUCCUGAGCAGUAUCCUCUGAAUUGGUAG